GCAUAACACGCUGCCGUACGGCAUUAUGGUAGGUAUCGGAGGUAAGAUCUGUAGGUGUAGCUCCUUACCGUACCGUAGGUAGUACCCACGGUACCGUAGGUACCAUGGUAACCGGGCCGUAGGUACCAACGGUGCGUAGGUAGCCGGACCCGGAGAAUUAAAUAUUCGAUGGUUAUUCGACUAUAUUGGCAUGUAAUGUAAGACGGUGUUGGAGAUUCGGGGACGCGAAAACAGCCAACGAUCGCGCUGGCUUCCAUGGUGGUUCGCCGAAGUAAAAACCAAGUGGAUAAGCUGCCAGCUUCGACAAAAUUCAGGCAAAAGGCCUUAAGGGAAUACUUUGACAACACACAUAGAUCUUUGCUUCGUUUACAACUUGAACCUACCGAGACUGAAACUGGCAACCAGGCAAACUUACAGCAAGCGAUGAAACGUGUUCUCAUUCAGCAAGGAACUGUCACGCUGCAAACGCGCUUUUGGCUAACAGCACUAAACGCAACACAGUACAUAGCUAGUAAUCAACAAAGCAAGGUAUUUAAUGCUAAUAGAGCAAGACAGGACGAUCAAAUAAAGUCUUCUGCAAUUAUGUGUCAAGCCCAUGAUGAAGUUGCGAAGUGGCAAGACAUUGCAAGAAAUACCUCUAACAAGUACAGGAUCUCGGUCGCAGAAACUAGCGGCUACAGAAAGAAAUGUGGACGUAUUCUUGCUUUGGCUAGCCGCAGUAGCAGCAAGUACACAGCGAGAGGGUUCGCACUGCGUGCAUGUGAAGUUUCCGCAGCAGAAAUGGAAAAAGCCAUCGUCGUUGAAACUUCCACAAACUAUGCGGCUGUAAUCCGGCGGUUGGGGCUUCCAAGGUGCGUAGCUACGGGUGUCCGGCAGAAGUUGCUACACAAAAGGCAAGAGUCACACCUGCUGGACCAGAGUUUAAGCAUGCUGAAAUUCGAACUACUUCGCAAGGGUGUAUGCCAAAUAAAACAUGAUCGGAUAGCCUUGGAGAACAAUAGGUGUUAUCAAGACAAAGUUUGCGAGGAGCAUCAGUCAAUGAAGAAAUGCACACUGGCAACCAAGAUAAACACUGUGCAGAAUAUGAAGGAGACCCCCUCCGCACAUAUACUAGAUGACGUGCAGUCGAAUGCAAUCACAAGUACCACAGCAUCGCCUAUUCCAGAAAUUUCGAGCCAUAAAAUGCACCACAAGUGCCACAACAGCGCCUUAGAUAGUGAAACUGACCACAAACUAGCGAAAGAAAGAAAUCGUUUGGCUAUGUAUUGCAUGUUUCUUCAGCACCAGAUGAAUGCCAUUGCCGUUGCCGAUAUUCUUUGGCGUCAGCAACUGUCCUUAGAGGGUUGUUCACCAGCACAGACUAGUCUAGUAGCGCAGCAAUUGGCGGAUCAUCGGCACCUGCAAGACAAAACGAUUAAGACAAGUAGCUCCCUACAGAGCUUCAGAAAAAAUGCUUCAAUGGAAACAUGCAAACAACAAAAUAGCUGGCGGCAUUUUACAGCCAACCGAGAGGAUGGUGUGUCCGACAACCUACUAUGCGCUGUGGAAGAGCUCGAUUGGAAAAACUUCCUUACACACAAACUUAUCGCAUUGAAGCUUGCUGAAAUCUUGCGAGUAUUAAAUCAAACCAAGAACAUGUCAAAUAUCGAAGUGAAGCCACCCAGUCAAGAGGCAACAUUUCGGUAUAUUCAAGCUGUUUGCUAUCACUCGACUCAACUUGGUGGGACACAUUUGUUAAGGAUAAAUCUCUCGGCACUGCGAUUAAAGGAUCAUGUGAUUAUAGACAUAUUGAGGAAGCUCGGAGCCUACAUUGCGUCUGAAGGCCACCCUCUAUGCAUCCCACCUUGGCCAAAACCAGGUGAUUUACUAUCCCACCUUGUCUUGUGUAAUAACAGCCUUGGAGACAUUGCAGCAUCCUUACUUGCAUCGAAGCUUCUUCCCAUUUCACCUGUCUUAGUUCUACUAGAUUUAAGGCAGAACUGUAUCUCUGCCUGUGGUGGCCACAUGCUUAAUGUUGGUCUAAACAGCAACAAAACCAUUCUGGCCUCAAGCAGAUUUGAUAUGCAACUCGACGAAGAUGCCCAAGAUGAAAAUGGUCUAAUUGUCAUUGGCUGGCGUGACAAGGGACGCUGUUCGUCCCACGAGAUUCUCACUGAACUAACAGAACUAUACCGUUCUUGUGAAUACAAUCGCCAGUCCAGGCUGGAAGGUGACAGUAGAGUCAAAAUUCUUAACUUAAAAUCACAAAAUUCACAAUUUGUAAGACCUGGUAGUUUAAGGUCCUCGCACUUGUUAAUCGACCUCCGAAGCAAUUAUUAGCAUUGUGAUUGCGAAUCGGUUUUGCCAUUUUAGUGCGGUAGCACAUCAGAUCGCGUUAAAACCGAAACUAUCGAUUUUGAGUGUAACAGCACGACAAAGUGCCAAUCAAGGCGUUCAACCAAGGCUGCAAGUUCGACGAGGCAACAUACACGAAGACACGAUAUUAAGCGGAUGCGGUUCGCGGGCGCUUUUGGCUACGUCCCCGGUGGCGCUCAGACACGCCAUGUGUCAUCAAUGUCGACGAGUGGGGCGUGCAGCUCGUCAGUGGCGUGCGCGAGUUUGACGUGCGCUGGCCGUUUCGAGCGACCUUGGCUCCAUCGGCCCACGGCAUCGCCUUGGCAGCCGCAGGCGACCGAGGCUUGUGCUCUUGCACAGUUUCUUGACGGCUUCCAGCAAAAAAAGAGUCCACAUCAUGGGCUCUAAUCAUGGGCUACGUGAUAACCUGUGCCGUAAAAAAAUCCUGUCGGCCUAGCAAGGGGCCGGCCCCCACUCGGCCGAUUAAACGGGGGCCGUGGCGCCUCCCCGUCAAUAGCCCGAAGGGGGGAACUUCUUCUGGCGGAGCCUGAGUGUGGGGCCCCAAAAAAGCGAGGGGCCGGAAGGGCCAAAAGUUGGGCCAAACGCGAACGUCGCGCCGCGUUUCGCGCCGCGACUGGCAUGGUAGACCUACACUAUGUAAUGUAACUUGGCCCGGGUAUGUACGGGGCCGGACCCCGAUUAAAUCGGGGGCUGUAGCGCCGCCCCUUUAAUAGCCCGAACGUCGAAACUUACUGCGAAUGGACCCCAGGGGGGUGAUCCACAUUCUGGC